AUGAUUUCCCCUAUCUUCUUCGUUGUUUCUUUAAUUGUUUCAUGUUUCUAUGCUUCAAACGUCCAAGACUUCUGUGUUGCAGACUACACUGCCCCCCAAGGCCCUGCAGGCUACCCAUGCAAAGACCCUGCAAGGGCCACCGUAGAUGACUUCGUCCGCUCGGGUUUUGGGGUGCCGUCUAACACUUCAAACGUGUACAAGUUUGGAUUCACACCUGCAUUUGCAUUUAACCUCCCUGGUCUCAAUGGCCUCGGCGUUUCCUUGGGCCGCGCAGACGUGGAAGUUGGUGGCGUUGUCUCCAUCCACUCUCACCCCGGAGCUACCGAACUGGUGGUUGUUGCAGAAGGAAGUUCGAUAAUCGGCGGGUUUAUUGCCUCGAACAACAAGGUCUAUCAAAAGAUCCUCAACAAGGGUGACACUAUGGUUCUUCCUCAAGGCUUGUAUCACUUCUUUGUCAAUCAGGGUACGACUCCGGGCAUCAUAUAUGCUGCUUUCAGUACUGAAGGCCCAACCGUGCAGCUAAUGGACCCAUCACUUUUCAAAAAUGAUUUGGCUUCUGAUAUCAUGGAAAAGACUACUUUGCUUGAUGCUCCUCAGAUCCAGAAACUCAAAAAACUCUUUGGUGGCACUAAUUGA